UUUAAUAAUUGAUCCCGUUUAUCUGUUUCCCUGGAGUCUUUUUUUUUUUCGAGAAAAGGCAUUCUCUUCUCGUUUCCGUAGAGUCUUUGUCUAAGAAAUAUCAAAGACCAUUAUUAGCAUGGAGUGCUCUAUCAAGGAUGACGUUACUCAAUUGAUAGGUAACACUCCAAUGGUGUAUCUGAACAACAUCGUAGAUGGUUGUGUUGCCCGUAUCGCCGCUAAGCUUGAGAUGAUGGAGCCUUGCUCUAGUGUCAAGGAACGAAUUGCAUAUGGCAUGAUUAAAGAUGCAGAAGACAAGGGACUUAUUACUCCCGGCAAGAGCACAUUGAUUGAGCCAACUUCUGGCAACACUGGGAUCGGUUUAGCAUUUGUUGGGGCAGCUAGAGGCUACAAGGUUGUGCUCACAAUGCCUGAAACAAUGAGCCUUGAAAGAAAGGUCAUUCUAUUAGCAUUAGGUGCAGAGGUUCACCUCACAGACACGAAAACUGGCGUUCCAGGAUUACUCGACAAAGCCGAGGAGAUAUUAAGCAAGACUCCAGAUGGUAUCAUACUACACCAGUUCAAGAAUCCUUCAAACCCUCAAACUCAUUAUCGAACCACGGGUCCAGAGAUAUGGAGAGACUCUGCAGGGGAAGUAGAUAUAUUGGUGGCCGGUGUUGGGACCGGUGGAACCAUUUCCGGAUCAGGAAAGUUUCUCAAGGAGAAGAAUAAAGACUUAAAGGUUUAUGGAGUGGAACCUACCGAGAGUGCAGUACUCAGUGGAGGCCAACCUGGUCCACAUUUGAUCCAAGGUAUUGGAGCUGGUAUCGUACCGGACAAUUUGGAUUUCAACGUUGUUGAUGAAAUCAUUCAAGUUACAAGCGUGGAAGCUAUUGAAACAGCCAGACUUCUUGCCCUAAAAGAAGGAUUACUGGUGGGUAUAUCUUCCGGAGCUGCUGCAGCCGCUGCUAUUAAGGUGGCAAAACGGCCAGAAAACGCCGGGAAGCUUAUAGUUGUAGUUUUCCCUAGCGGUGGGGAACGUUACUUAUCGACUCAAUUGUUCGACUCAGUGAGACGUGAAGCAGAGAGUUUAACAUUUGAAUGAGGCUUACACACAACAAACAUGACCUGGCUUGGUUCAGUUUGGUAUUUAUUUCCUCGCUGGUUUAGUUUCCCUUUAAACCAUUGUUUCUUGAUAUUUCAAACGAUUAUCACCCAAACCAUAUUCGUUUUCAAAUAUAUAUUGAAUUACAACAUUAUUAGUUAUAUAA